AUGGCACUCCGCACGCCAACCUUGGCGCGACAACUGUGUCGCUCAGCGACAUCACGAACAGUCGCGACAUCCAGCCGACAGGCUCUGAUCAGCACAUCCCAGCGCAAUGCGUGCACCCUCUGCACCCAUACUAGCCGAAGCCAAACUCUCGGCUCAACCGAAUCCAUCUACACGCCGUCAAACAUAAUGACCCGUCGCGCAGCCUCAACAGCAGCCUCCCCCACCCAAACACCCACGGAAGCAAGCGAGCCAUCUAUCGCCAGAGCCCCGGAUAUCACAAACCACUAUACCAUCUUCCCAAAGACCCUCCCAGCCGGUCCACCCCCAGCAUCACCCUUCGAAAUCUCCGUAGGCGAUCUACGCCGCGAAUUCCUCCAACUCCAAGGCGCAGUUCACCCAGACAAAUACCCCUCCGGCGCUGCAAAGCAACACGCCGAGGCCCUAUCCGCGCGCAUCAACGAAGCAUACCGCACACUCUCAGACCCGCUCCAGCGCGCGCAGUAUCUGCUCCGUGAACUACAUGGGAUCGACGUCACGGCGGAAGAUGCCUCGACCAAGCAUGCACUGGACCCGGCGACGCUGAUGGAAGUGAUGGAGGUGCAGGAGACCAUUGAGGAGGUUGGUGCGUCGCCGGAGGCGGAGGCUGAGAUUGACGCUUUGAAGGAUGAGAAUGAGAUGCGGAUUGCUGGGUGUGUGGGUGCUUUGGCGGGGGCGUUUGAUCGUGGGGAUAUUGAGGGUGCUAGGGCUGAGUGUGUCAAGUUGAGGUUUUGGUAUAGUGUUGGUGAAGGGUUGAGAGAGUGGGAGCCUGGGAGUACGGAGAUUCGGUUGGUGCAUGGGUCUUAG